UAACCUAGUGCUGCACCUUCGAUUGCCAUUAGUCGUUCCACGGAAGCUGUGAGAUAUAGUUUUCAAAAUCGCAAUCAGUAUGAAGUUCAUUGCUGCCGUCUGUUUGAUGUUCGCCCUGCUGGGUGUUACCUUGGGCCUCAAGGAUCCCAUCUGUGGACUGCCCCCUGCAAUGAAGGGCGAUGGUAUCAUCGCUUGUUACGCUUAUUUUCCCCUGUUCAGCUAUUAUCCCGAAAGCAAUUCCUGCGAAUUGUUCAUCUACGGAGGCUGUUGGGGCAACGCCAAUAGAUUUCAUUCCAAGGAAAGUUGUGAAGAAAAGUGCUUGGAAUAAAAUGUUAAUAAGCUAAGGCCAAUAUAAUAUGCCGAAGACAGAAAUAUAAUUUCUUUCGUAACUUCUAUUCAAAAAUUCAGAAA